UAGAGUAAGAAAUAUGCUCAAACUACGAUGACACAUUUAGCUUUGAUGAUGAGCAAAAGUGUUAUAUAUGCAGCUCUCUUGUUCCCAAGUUUGGUAUAUUUUGACCUUCCUGGUUACAUUCCCAAACAAAAACUCCUAGGUUUCAGGUUCAGUGAUGAGCAUGAACCAAGAGUUCUGUAAUAUUGAAGUUCAACUCAUACCACAUCAAGCUGAAAAACAUGCAUUAGUGUGUGAAAUAUGAUUGCUAAGGCAGGAAAGGAUGUUAAACUAUUUUGGAAUAUUAAUCCCAAUAAACCAUUAAUAACAAGUUAAUAGCUUCCUGAGAAAUGUAGAACCUGAUAUGCACAGAGAGAGAGAGAGAGAGAGAAUGGAAGUUUGUUUCUCUUUGAGUGGAUAGCAAGCAAAAUAAAAGUGCAGAAAACUCCACUGUUCAUAUUUCUCCACCGCCAAGCAAGAAUAUAUUCAAAGGGAGAUGCAAAAGGGAGAAAAGUUUCUUGUUCACCUCUCCAAAACCAACACUCUCUAGUCUCUCUCUCCCUCACCUUUAUCCUCUGCAUGUUGUAUAUCUUACACUAUUUUUGAGUCUUAGGCUACAAAGUUGUGACAGAGGAAUCUCCUUUAGUCUCUCUAUGUUGAUAAUUUUCCUUUAUGGCCACCCCCUUUUGGUACCACUCCCAUACAUCUCUGGCCUGCCUAAGCAGCUGCCUAUAUAUACUUAUCCCAAGUGUUUGCUUGAGAGGUGAAUUAAAUAAGCACAAAAUUUUCAGUCAGCUUCUUCUGGGUAUUUUGGAUUUGAUCACAUUGGUUUUUCAAGAGAUGCAGCCCACAAUGUCUUACAUGAGAUUAGCCAUCAUCUCCAUUUCAUUCACAACUUUCUCCAUUUUAUGUGAUGCAAGAAUUUUUGCACAAUUCUUAAAAUCCCAAGACACAGAAUUAGAGAAGAAGCUGAAAGCAAUAAAUCACUUAGAGUUAGACUUACCAUUGCCUUCCUCAAAUGUUAAGCCACUAGAGGUAAGCCCUCCCUUCUCUUUCCCACCCUUUGAUUCACUGGCACCACUUCCCUUGCCUGGAAAUGUCCCUCUUCCUCCAUACUGUGCAAAUCCACCAUUUUCCCAAAACCCACCUCAACCAAAUACUCCUUCAUCUUCCUCCUCCCCUUCAUCAUCUGCACCCACUUGCUCACCCAUCCCAAAACCGCCACCUGCAAAUGGGCCCACCCCUCACCCACCUGGCCCAUCCACCACAAUUCCAAGCCCACCCAAAAAUCCUCUAUCCCCCCCACCCAAGCCUGUCUCAGGGCCACCAGCCUUGGCCCCACCUGUAGCUUACCCUCCACCAUCAGGCCCUCCACAGAAAAAGCCACCACAGUCUGGGGCGGUGUGGUGUGUGGCUAAGCCAGCAGUGCCUGGCCCAAUCGUCCAAGAGGCCCUGGACUAUGCGUGUGGGUCUGGUGCAGACUGCAAGUCAAUCCAGCCCAAUGGGUCCUGCUAUAAACCAGACACAUUGUUGUCCCAUGCUUCGUACGCCUUCAACAGCUACUGGCAGAGCACCAAGGCCGCUGGUGGCAAUUGUGAUUUUGGAGGGACUGCCAUGAUUGUUACAGUUGAUCCAAGUUUUGAUGGAUGCCACUUCUUCUACAAUGGAUGACUCAUCAAUAGAUCAAAAAAACUUGAUUGCGACACUUCGAAAAUAAUAAGGACGACAAACUCAAUUUCUGGUUUCUCUCAGAAAUGAAUUUUCUUUUCUUUUCUUUCUAUCCAAACAGACACUACAGCUAGUACAUCACAUCACAUUUCAUUCCCCUUUUGCAUGUUUAAUUGGAAUUUGAAAUUUGGAAAUUUCGCUGUAUAAAUAUUGGCAUGUAGUUGAAAUUAACAUUUUGUGUACGUGGAAUAUACCUCUUGGCCAGCUGUUGCAUAUACCCUUUUAGAUUGAAUGAUUAAAAGGGGUGUUAUUUGUGUUCCACAUAUAAUUGGGUUGAGAAAGGGAAAAAAAUCUACUACCCUACUUGCAUCCGAUGCCUUUGAUUGUAUAUGAAGGUCUGUUAAUGAACAUUGAAAUAAGA